CAAACGAGCGCGCCAUUCAGUUCGCAUUUUGUUCUCGACCGUGUUAGACGUUUUUAGUUAUUGGAGCGAACGCCGGAAGCUUUUGUUUAUUUUCCCAUUAUAUGCAGGUGUGCGCGGGUGUUAGUGACUGUUAGUGUUAGCCAAUGCAAGCCAGCAACCGUGUAUUGGUGGAGCAGCCAAUGCUGCUUGCAGUUCAAAAGGGCACACAAAAGCGACAACCAGAAGAAGCAACAGCAGAACAAUACCUGCUGGAAGGCAACAAAAACAGCAUUUAAGCCAACUCGUUCGUUUAUGUUUGUGGCUGUGUAAGUGAGCUUARCUGCGUGUGUGUGUGUAUUUGUUCUAACGAAUACACAAACAAAUCAAACUACUUAUAAUGGCCAGUGCUAUCCGUGAGUAUUCGCCGUGUGCUCAAUACUCAUACUCAAAUUCAAAUUCAAAUUCAUAUUCAUGCUAGAAAGUGUCGCGUGCGAAAGUGUUGAAAUAAAACCAGCAGCAGCAGUCGCSCACUUUUUUAUAUAGCAAAAAAACUAAAACCUGUUCUAGACGCCAAGUGCAAGUAACACACACACAAAAAGCACACACACACGCGCGCGUGAAUUCGUGUGUAAAGAGAGAAAAAGGCAAUAAACAAUAACCAAAACAAGUAUCAAACGAAAGAAAACUGAAGCUCAAUGUACGCUGCGAUCCUUUAAACCAAAAUAUACAUACAUAACAAAUAUAGUGAACCCUUCAAUCUUUAGGGAAAAAAAGAAACAAUAAUUUGAAAUUCUACGAUUCCAAUCCGAAAAACGAUAAUGGCUAUGACUGCUGCGGCUACCUAUGCGUCAGCAACCGCCAACAAUGCGCACGUCACACAACAGCAGAAACAACAACAACAACGACGACAACGAACAACAACAAAUCAGCAGAGACAGCAGCGGCGACUGAGCCGUGCGCGCACGAAAAGCCCAGCUCAAGUGACGUCGGCAGCGCUGUCGACGCUGCUGCUCAAGCGCGCUUGCUCAGCGCCCCAAUGGAUAUUUCUCUUCAUAUUAAUUUAUUUAGCAACAGAUGUUGCUUCGGUGGAGGUGCACGCGAAGGAGGCAUAUUUCAAUGGAUCCGCCUAUCUGCGCCUGCAGACGCCGAUGACCACCUGGGACCACUCGGCUAUCAGCUUCCGCUCGUGCCGCGGCGGCGAAAUACUCGCCCAGCAAUACAACAAAAACUCAAUUGUAAUCUCAGUGCUCAACGAUUUCCUGCAAGUCUCGCUAGCGGGCCCGGCCGUGAUUGGGCUCAACAAUCGCUUGGAUGUCAGAUUGCCCUACCAACUGUUGGACAAUCGCUGGCAUACGCUGCARUUCAAGUACGAGUACGGCAAUCUCUAUUUGCAUGUGGAUCGUGAGGCAAUUAUCUUUGCUAAUUCGACGUACAACAGCCAGUUCCUUACCAAUCAGGACAUUGGCAACGAGUUGGCCAUAUUGAUAUUGGGCAACUCGUUCUCGGGCUGCCUGCUGGACGGACCUGGACUGCAAUUCGUGAAYGCCUCCAAGCAGAAUGCCGUGUUCGGGGUCUGUCCGCUGUCGUAUGGGCCGUGCAGCGAGCACGAGACAUUUACACGGCUGCAGGAUAACUAUUGCCUGAACGAUCCCUGCAUGGGCCAUGGCACCUGCACCUCGAAUGCCGAUGGCUACGAGUGCCGCUGCACGGCCCGCUAUUCGGGCAAAAACUGCCAGAAGGACAACGGAUCGCCGUGUGCCAAGAAUCCCUGCAACAACGGCGGCACCUGCCGCGAGAACUCACGGGGCGACUAUCAAUGCGUGUGCCAUGCGAAUCACAGUGGAGAGCACUGCGAGACGGAGGUGAACAUCCAUCCGCUUUGCCAGUCGAAUCCCUGUUUGAAUAACGGCGCCUGCGUUGUGCUGAGCGGCAGCUCCAGCCCCACCUGCGAGUGUGCGAAGGGCUUUACGGGGUCGCGCUGCGAAAUCGACAUGGACGAGUGUGCCUCGCAGCCCUGCCAGAACAACGGCAGCUGCAUCGAUAGCGUCAAUGGAUUCAGCUGCGACUGCACCAACACCGGCUACGUCGGCGCCUUCUGCCAGACGAACAUCGACGAGUGCGAGGACAAUCCGUGCCUGAACGGCGGCCGUUGCUUCGAUACGUACGGCAGCUACACCUGCCAGUGCCAGGACGGCUGGCACGGCGACAUCUGCGACAAGCCCAUCAGCUGCCAGACGCAGCAGUGCCUCAACGGCGGCACCUGCGUCGACAAGGCCAUCGGCUUCCAGUGCAUCUGUGCGCCCGAGUACAGCGGAGAGCUCUGCCAGCUGGGUCCCAGCUGUGCCCAGCAGUGUCCCAUCGAUUCGGAGUGUGUUGGCGGCGUGUGUAUGUGUAAGCCAGGAACUUCGGCUUCCACUUUGGAGCUGCCAACUUCUCUUGAAUUGGCCUUGGCCUUGCAUGGUAGGUCAGAGGGUGUGGGCGAGGGUGAUGGCGAGGGCGAGAGCGAAGGAGAAUUGAGCGCGCUGUGCGCCAGCGGCAAGAAGAAGCGUUACAUAUCACCCGAGUGGCUGAAGCGCAAGCGUUGUGAACUCAAAUUAAGUUACAAUUGUCAGCAGAGCACGGGCGAUGGCGCCAACGCCUUGGCCUUGACGCCCAUCAACUGCAAUGCCACGAAYGGCAAAUGCCUGAAUGGCGGCACCUGCUCAAUGAAUGGCACCCAUUGUUACUGUGCCGUUGGCUACUCGGGCGACCGCUGCGAGAAGGGGGAGAACUGUUCGCCACUCAACUGCCAGGAGCCGAUGGUCUGCGCCCAGAACCAGUGCAUCUGCCCGGAGAACAAGGUGUGCAACCAGUGCGCCACACAGCCCUGCCAGAAUGGCGGCGAGUGCCUCGACCUGCCCAACGGCGACUACGAGUGCAAAUGCCAGCGGGGCUGGACGGGUCGCAACUGUGCCAACGAUGUGGACGAGUGCAUGCUGCAGCCGAAGAUCUGCGGCAACGGCAUUUGCAAGAACGAGAAGGGCUCCUACAAGUGCUACUGCACGCCCGGAUUCACGGGCAUCCACUGUGACUCCGAYGUGGACGAGUGCCUCAGCCAUCCGUGCCUGCACGGCGCCACAUGCCACAACAAGAUCAAUGCUUACGAAUGCGACUGCAAGCCGGGCUACCAGGGAGAGAACUGUGAAAUCGAUAUAGACGAGUGCAUCAGCAAUCCAUGCUCGAACGGCUCCACUUGCAUUGACAUGAUUAACAAUUUCACGUGCUCCUGCAUACCCGGCAUGACGGGACGGAUCUGUGACAUUGACAUCGAUGACUGUGUCUCGGCGCCCUGCCUCAACAAUGGCCUCUGCAUCGACGAGCUGGGUGGCUUCCAUUGCGACUGCGGUGGCACCGGCUACGAGGGCAAGAACUGUGAGCUGAACAUUGAUGAAUGCGUGUCGAAUCCCUGCACGAACGGCGCCAAGUGCAUUGAUCAGGUGAAGGACUAUUUCUGCGAAUGCCAUGCGGGCUACAAGGGCAAGAACUGUGAGCAAGACGUCAAUGAGUGCGAGAGCAAUCCCUGCCAGUACAACAGCAGCUGCUUGGAGCGCUCCAACUCCACGCUGUAUCAGCUGAGCAGGGUCAUGGACUUGCCGCGAGUGUUUAGUCAGCCCUUCAGCUAUGAGAAUGCCAGCGGCUAUGAAUGUGUGUGCGUACCGGGCAUCAUAGGCAAAAACUGUGAGAUCAACAUCAACGAAUGCGAGAGUAAUCCCUGCACGAAGCAUGGCACCUGCAAUGACGGAAUCGGCACCUAUACCUGUGAGUGCGAUCCGGGCUUUGAGGGCACCCACUGUGAGAUUAACAUUGACGAAUGCGAUCGCUAUAAUCCCUGUCACAAUGGCACCUGCAUCGACCAGAUUAACGACUACGAUUGCGACUGCGACGCCAACUUCGGGGGCAAGAAUUGCUCGGUGCCGUUGAUUGGCUGCAUCAGUGGACCCUGUCUGAAUGGCGGCACCUGUCAUCCCUUCCUGGUGAACGAAACAAUACACUUAUUCAACUGCUCCUGCGAGCAUGGCUUCCAGGGCGACACCUGUGAGAAGACCACGACGCUCUCAAUGGUUGUCAGCAGCCUGAUAACGGUGAAGACGCAACGCGACGAGGGCUACGACAUCAAUUUGCAAUUCAAAACUACGCUGCCAAAUGGCGUGCUCGCCUUCGGCACAUCCGGCGGACAGAACGAACCGGUUAGCUAUAUCCUGGAGCUGAUCAAUGGACGCCUAAAUCUGCACUCUUCGCUUCUGAACAAAUGGGAAGGUGUGUUCAUUGGCUCCAAGCUGAACGACAGCAAUUGGCACAAAGUGUUUGUGGCUAUAAACACCUCACACCUUGUGCUGUCCGCCAACGAUGAGCAGGCCAUCUAUCCGGUGGGCUCCUACGAGACGGCCAACAACAGCCAGCCCUCGUUUCCGCUGACUUAUCUGGGCGGCACCAUACCCAACUUGAAGUCUUAUCUGCGGCACUUGACGCAUCAGCCCUCCAGCUUCGUGGGCUGCAUGCAGGAUGUUGUCGUCAAUGGCAAAUGGAUCUUCCCCGACGAGCAGAACGAUGAAGAUACGGACAGUGAGAGUACGAAGCUGUCGUACGUUCAGAGCGGCUGUCCCCGCACGGAGCAAUGCAAACCAAAUCCAUGUCACUCGAAUGGCGAGUGCACAGAUCUGUGGCACACCUUCGCCUGUCACUGUCCCAGACCGUUCUUUGGGCAUACGUGCCAGCACAAUAUGACCGCUGCAACGUUUGGACACGAGAAUACGACGCACUCGGCUGUGAUUGUGGAGACGACAGACGUAGCCAGACGUGCCAUACGCUCUAUUUUGGACAUAUCCAUGUUUAUACGCACGCGCGAGCCCACGGGCCAGGUCUUCUACUUGGGCAGCGAUCCCCGCAAGAUGCCAACAAAGAACGUUGGCGACUCGUAUGUGUCAGCUAAACUGCAUGGCGGCGAGCUGCUGGUGAAAAUGCAGUUUAAUGGCACGCCGGAAGCGUACACGGUGGGUGGACAGAAGCUGGACAAUGGGUACAAUCAUCUGAUUGAGGUGGUGCGCAAUCAGACCCUGGUGCAGGUCAAGCUCAAUGGUACCGAGUACUUCCGCAAGACGCUGUCGACGACAGGUCUGCUGGAUGCACAGGUGCUUUACUUGGGUGGUCCGGCGCCAACACGCGAAUCCCUGCUGCCAGCCAGCACUGAGCCGGGUCUAGACGAGACUAGCGUGGCCGUUAGUAGCACGGCGGCCAAGGACAUGGACGACAGCAAGGACUACUUCAAGGGCAUCAUUCAGGAUGUGAAAGUGAGCAAUGGCUCCCUCAACAUGAUCGUCGAGAUGUAUCCCCUGAAUGUGACCGAUGUGAAUGUGAACGCCAAGCCAUUUGGAGCCGUCACCAUUGACCGCACCUCGGUGCUGCAGGGCGAAGUAUCCGACGACUUGUGCCGCAAGAAUCCGUGUAAGCACAAUGCCGAGUGCCGGAACACAUGGAACGACUACAGCUGUAAAUGCCCGAAUGGUUACAAGGGCAAGGACUGUCAGGAGAUUGAAUUCUGUCAGCUGGUUCCCUGUCCCGGCGGCAGCGUCUGUCAGAAUCUGGACGAUGGCUACGAAUGCCUAACCAAUAUCACAUUCACUGGUCUGGAACAUUCGCCACUGGCCUUCUCCUACUUCAAGGAACAGCUGCCAGAUGAGAUUGGCGUGACGAAGCAGCCGCUGCUGAAGCCGGUCAUUGAGAUUGCCUAUCGCACGCGAGCCGGCGGCACUCUUCUCUUCAUUGACAACCAGGAUAGCUUCUUUGAAAUUGGCGUCAAUGGGGGUCGGGUCACUGUUACAUGGAAACUGACGCAGUUGCACAUCGGUGAGUCCGGACGCUUUGAGAAGGAUAAUACGGAUGGCGAAUGGAGCCGCAUUUACUUGCGUGCGCACGGUGGUAAACUGGAAGGUGGGUGGAAGGGCUGGGAAUCGAUGGUGGAUCCCACGCCCGGUUUCUCCACGGACAUAGAUCAGGCAGCAUUCCAGGAGCUGCUCUCCAGCAGCACACAAGUCUAUUUGGGCGGCAUGCCUGAGUCGCGUCAACUACGUGGCUCCACGCAAUCCUCGCAGCAGGGAUCCCAGUUCAAGGGCUGCGUGGGUGAGGCGCGCGUUGGCGAUUUGCUGCUGCCCUACUUCUCUAAUGCCGAACUGUAUCCACACACUGAGAACGUGUCCGUGCAGCUGCAGGCGCAGUUCCGCCUCAACUCGACCMGGCCCGAGGAAGGCUGCAUUCUGUGCUUCCAAGUGGACUGCAAGAACAACGGUUUCUGCAAUGCGCCAACCGAGGAGUACGCAUGCACCUGCCCAGCGGGCUACGAGGGCGACGACUGCGGCACAGACAUUGACGAGUGCCUCAACACCAACUGCGAAAAUAAUGCCACCUGCAUCAACCUUGUAGCCGAUUUCCACUGCAAGUGCUUGCCCGGCUUCGAGGGUCGCUACUGUGAACAGAACAUUGACGAGUGUGCAGGCCAGCCCUGUCACAAUGGCGGCAACUGCACGGAUCUGAUUGCUGCCUACCGCUGCGACUGCCCCGACGAGUACACGGGUCCGCAGUGCAACGCUCUCAAGCAGAUGACCUGCGAGAAUGAGCCCUGUCGCAAUGGGUCCGGCUGCGAGAAUGGAUUUAAUGCUCAAACCGGAAAUAACUUUACCUGCACUUGCUCUAUGGGCUUUGAAGGUGCACUCUGUGACACGCCCUUCUGCGAUCUGACUCCCUGCCUCAAUGGAGGUCUUUGUCUGACUACAGAUGGCAUACCUAAUUGCAAAUGCAGCCUGGGCUACACGGGGCGCCUUUGCGAGGAGGAGAUCGACGAAUGCGCCUCCAAUCCCUGCAUGAAUGGCGGCAAGUGUCACGACCUUGUGGGUGACUAUGAAUGCGACUGUCAGUCUACUGGCUUCGAUGGCGUGCAUUGUGAAAACGAUAUAAACGAAUGCAUCCAGGAAGUGAACUACUGUGGUGAGCUCGGGCGCUGCAUAAAUAUGCCGGGUAGCUUCAAGUGCAUUUGCCAGAAGCCCCACUGUGGCGCC